AUGACUCAGAUCCCCACGCUGCUGAAAAGCGGGAUCUCAAGCGUGAGCAUGAUGGGCAUGGUACACUGGUUCAUUGUUUCUGAUCUGGAUUUUACAGAGGACUCCCGUCCAAGAUGUGGCUGCUCUCAUGGACAGCGCUGCACCUGUGCGCUGAAGAAGGAACCCCACCUGGAUACCGUCCCGGAGACCGGCUUCCCUCAACCCCCAGCUGCGGUUCUGUUGGAUCAGCCCAAGAAGCCGCAGCUGACGUCGACCAAAUCGGAGAGUACCCUGACUAUUUUCCGGGAUGGUCACCACAAGCCGGCUCAUAAACACAACGACAUGGCUCACAAGUGCGGCCUGCCCUAUACGAUACCCCGGUCGCACACCAUUCAUGCGACGUCCGACGUGGCCCGCCGCUCGGUGGACCACCUGCCCUUGGCCCAACCGACCAUGCUCAAUGAAGGUCUCGUUGGCCAGCCUGCAGAACCGUCGCACCCUCACGGACUCCAUCGCCGCGUCAAGUCCGAACAUGGUUCGCCAGAGAGUGCUCCCGUCGUUUCGCCGGACAACGUCCCGACAACCGUUCCCCCACUCGACAUCUCGUCCUUUUUCCCUCAAGUUCAGACAACGGAGAACCCCGGCGACCUUGGCGUUCCCGAACCGGUCUCAAUGCCUAUGAAGACGCCUCUUGACCAGCUUGUGACCUCUGGGUUACCUUUCGAUGUGUCGUCAUACUCAUCCUUCCCUACUACCGCAACAUCGCCUGUCAAUUGCGUGGCAUUCCAAGAUCCAUACAAGGAGCCCUUCUUUACAUCACCAGAGGGCGACAUGUCCCUGGGAUCGACCGCAUUCAGCGCUCCUCCAGUCGAUUGGUCGAGCUUUCCUCUGUACUCCUCGGAAGUUCCGGCUGCGACGAGCACUCAAGCGCCCUCCUACGCAAGCUUCGAUUACAACUCCAUGGGCCCCGGGUUCCCGGCGCCCUCUUCUUCCGGGGAUAUCUCUGAAGCGGAUGAGUUCGCGCCCAUGCCUGGAUUGGGGCGCACUGGCAGCGACCUGCACGACCUCAACAGCGUCAGCGAGGGCUCCGAUAUCGACCAUUACCGCAUCAGCUCGGCAUCCUCAUUUAUCGGACUUCCUCAGGCGCAGCUCCUGGCGUCGAACAACCUGGAGUCGAUCGACAUCGAUGACUUCCUCAAGUCCGCCAAUGAGUCAACGGCCGCGCUGGAGCAUCAACUCCAGGCUAAUAUGGGCUUGGACGCCAAGCCCCUUCCAGCUGAGGACGCCUUUGGCAUGUCGACUGCAGAGGCGUUCAAGCCAAUGAGCACGCCUCCGGGCAGCAUGGCGAUGACGACACCUCCGACGGAUGCCGUUUGGGCCGUGGGGUUAUACGACCCCAACGCCGCGUCCAUGGGCGAUAACAACGAGGCCAAUUUCUAUGUGCCGCCAUGGGUGCAAUAG